AUGCGUCUUCGAUAUGUUCACUUCAUUCUCUCCAUGCUUGCUCUUGUCGUUUUCUUUCUCUCGGCGUGCGUGUGCCUGACUGCGGAUAUGAUUGUAUUUUCCUUUCAAUUUGAAAACCGCCCGAUCCCCUCUUCUAUUUCUCCCCUUCGUCCAGUGUCCGGUAUUUAUCUAUCUAUCUAUCUAUCUAUCUAUCUAUCUAUCUACAGUUCUGUUCAUAUCUAUCUAUCUAUCUAUCUAUCUAUCUAUCUAUCUAUCUAUCUAUCUAUGUUAGAUUCUUUUAUUGUAUUUUCCCUUUCUGUCUCUCCCAGUGCGAUGAUAUCUAUCUAUAUAUCUAUCUAUCUAUCCCAGUCUGUUCAUAUCUAUCUAUCUAUCUAUCUAAUGCGUUCAUAUCUAUCUAUCUAUCUAUCUAUCUAUCUAUCUAUCUAUCUCAGCUUGUUCAUUAUCUAUCUAUCUAUCUAUCUAUCUAUCUAUCUAUCUAUCUAUGCACAGUUCAGUCUAUGGUAA